CCGCAACCACAGACACAACACACAACAUGCAGCGUUCCCCAGUCUUGUUCAUCGUGGCAGCCGCCAUCCUUCUGGCCAUCGGCCUGGUGCACGGUUUUGACGAGAAGGAGGUCAUGGCUAAGUUCAUGGAGUCAGCCGAAGCCUGUAUGCCGGAAGUGGGUGCCACCGAUGCCGACAUGCAGGAGGUGGCCAAGAGGAUGCCCGCAUCCACCUAUGCUGGCAAGUGCCUGCGUGCCUGUGUGAUGAAGAAGUGUGGAGUAAUGGACGCCAAUGGCAAGAUGGAUAAGGCAGCCGGACAGGAGAAGGCCAAGCAGUACACCGGCAACGAUCCUGCCAAGCUAAAGAUGGCCGUCGAGAUCGCUGACACCUGUUCUGCCAUCAGUGUGCCGGAUGAUCACUGCGAGGCCGCCGAAACCUACGGCGCCUGUUUCAAGAGCGAGGCAAUCAAACACGGACUUGUGUAGUCCCUUCCACAACCAAUGACCUGGACAAGCAAUCACCGUUCCCUGGAAACGAAUAUACCUCCUAGUUCGAUAAGUCAAAUGAAAUAAACGUAUUCCAAAAAUCA